AUGCCUCUAGCUACACGACCUCAUUUUAAUAACAACCAUAAGCAAAAUCAUAAAUCUAGCCCCUCAAUAAAGAGAUAUGAUAAAUCACACGAUGAAAUUUCGACAAAAUUCAAAGCAACGACGCCUCCAUCGGCUCCUAUUUCUACGGAUGAAAUCGGAUUCAAAUCGGGCCCAUCAACAAAUUAUUAUGAGCGAAAAAAUCGACCAAUUAUUAAAGAUAAAGGUCCAUGCGCUUGUGUUGAAUUAAUGAUCUCCGCGAGAACAUUGGCAGACCGGGACUUCUUUUCAAAGUCUGAUCCUAUAUGUAUCGUUGAAGAGAUGACUACUAGAUAUACUCGUGAAGAUUCUAAAAACGAAUUCGUGGAGAUUGGGAGAACAGAAUGUAUUAAAAAUUCAUUAAACCCCGUAUGGAAUAAGCGAAUAACUCUUGAUUAUUAUUUUGAAAGUAAACAGUUGCUUCGCUUCAAGAUUUACGACAUCGAUUCUGAAUCUGCAAAGUUGUCAGAACACGAUUUCCUUGGGAAAUGUGAAUGCGAAUUAGCAGAUAUUGUUGCAGCUCCGAAUGGAAUUUGUGAGAUGAAAGUCUUCUCAUGUAAAGAUGUUCCAAGACAAGGCGGUUUACUUCUGGUAUGUGCGGAGGAACUUGAUGAAGGACAACGUGAUAUUGUACACUUUUCUGUCAGAGGUGUUGCUCUUAACAGUGGUGGUUCAUUCCUUAGGAAAUGUGUUCUAAAUCCAAAUACAUUUUUGGAAUUCUAUCGACUUUUUUGUGAUGGAAGCCAUCAUUUGAUCGGAUCAACACAAACAUCCCUUAAUGCAUUGACCUCCCAUCAACAGAACCAACUUGAGUUGAUCAAAACAAAAAAGAAUAAAGGAGUGCCUUUAAAGGUCCCAAAGGGAAUUCUUCAUUUUAUGGAUGUUCAGAUUCGCAAAGAGUUUACAUUUCUGGAUUUCAUCGCUUCUGGGUUAGUCAAAUUUUUACACAAAAUUUUAGUGAAAACUUUCAGUUUGCAACUUGAAUUUGCUGUUGCCGUCGAUUUGACUGCCUCGAAUGGGGAGAUCUCCAAAUCAAGUUCAUUGCAUUAUGUGAACUCACAAUAUUUGAAUCAGUACGAAUGUGCUAUAUGCGCUGUAUUGGAAAUAUGUGAACACUACAAUCAUUCUAAAAUGUUUGAGACUAUUGGUUUUGGUGCCAAGAUACCACCAGCUUUUACUGUUAGCCAUAUGUUCCCUCUGAGGCUUAACAAUUUUGAACGUUCAGUUGAGGGAAUCCAAGGUGUAUUAGAUGCAUAUAGGUAUGCCAUUGUCAACACGCAAUUAUAUGGGCCAACUAAUUUUGCUCCGACAAUUCGUGAAUUUGUGCACAAAUGUCAACAAUUCCCUAGGGACGGUACUAAAUAUCAAGUUUGUCCGAACUUUCUAGCCUUACAUAAUGUUUACUAG